AUGUCCAUCGACGCCGCCGCCCAGCCCCGCCGUCGCCGCUACUCUGGCGCCAAUGCCGUCCAGAUCAUUCGCUCCCCCGCCGUCUCCGCCCCCCCGCCCCGCCCAAAGUCCACGCCCCCCGCUGAGCGGCCGCGCCAGCGUCGCCGCCAGGUCCCCGACGCAGAGCCCGACGACGACGAAAAAGAGCACAUGCAAAUUGAUCCCGACGCAGACUCGGACGACGCUUCAGAGUCCGCGUCCGACUCUGCUCCCGGCGCCCACCACCACCGCCAACAAAAUUCCGCUGAACCACGCCCGACCAAACCGCUGCCCCAGAAAAACAGGAGCAAGAUGGCUAGCGCGAACCCGGCCGCGAGCGGCCAGUCAAAGAACCCCAUGUACCAGGCCGCCAACCCGCACAUGCUCCCCGUCCAGGCGCACGUACCCAAGGGCCCGAAUGCGAACACCCAGCGGAGGCUGUUUGUCAUCCUCGAGCAGGCGUGCUUGGAGGCGUACAGGGUCAGCAGCAAUGGCCGCGGGAAGAACGGCCGCGAGGGCGAGGUCAAGUAUGCCCUCCUCAACUGCGACGACCACCAGGGCAUCCUCGCCAAGACCGGCAGGGACAUCGCAGAUGCGCGCCCGGACAUUACACACCAGUGUCUCCUCACGCUCCUCGACUCGCCCCUCAACAAGGCGGGCCUGCUCCAGGUGUACAUUCACACCGCCAAGGGCGUUCUCAUCGAGGUCAACCCCCAUGUGCGCAUCCCACGGACGUUCAAGCGGUUCAGCGGCCUGAUGGUCCAAUUGCUGCACAAGCUCUCGAUCCGCGGUGUGAAUGGCCCCGAGAAGCUUCUCAAGGUCAUCAAGAACCCGGUCACGGACCAUCUUCCCGCGAACACGAUGAAGUUGACCUUGUCGGGAGACGCACCCACGGUGCGGCUGUCGCGGUACCUGCCGACGCUGCCCGAGACGCACAACGUGGCGGUGUUCGUCGGUGCGAUGGCGCGAGGGAGGGACGACUUUGCGGACGGGGUUGUCGACGAAAAGAUCAGUAUCAGCGACUUUCCUCUGAGCGCAUCGGUCGCGUGCGGCAAGUUCUGCUGCGCACUGGAGGAGCUCUGGGAUAUAGUUUAA